CUUGCAAGUCUAAAAAUCUUGACAGUGCUUAGUACAUCAGUCUGUUUGUUUGCUUCGUUACUCUUAAUAAUUAUUAGUAAAAUAUAAGAAUAUUUUUGGUUAAGAGUAGUAUCGGUGAAUUAAAUUCCGUAUAUGUUAACAGAAUAACAUUACAGAUGCCAUACAUUUUAGUACGUGGUAAUCUUGCAUCGUAUGGUCAUAGAUACCCAUGGAGAGUUUUAGUAUCAGGUCUUAAAGCAUCAGAUAUAGAACAACUGAGUCGUUUCGCUUCUGGGGGAUAUUGUGAUGAUUCGACAAUAGUGUAUUUACAACAUCCUUGUGUAAUAUUAACUGCUUUAGAAGUUCUUGGUUACAAAGUCGUAGCAUCUUCAAGUACAAGUGUUAAGCAAGAUUAUAAUGAGUACAUGUGGACUAUGAGAAAAGAUUUUUCUGAACCUGAACCUGAACCUGUUAUUAAGACAGUAAAAGACAACGAAGUUUAACAAUCCUCUUUAGCUCAACAAUGUCGCAAUCAGUGAAUACAAGUGUCGCAAAAUUAGCCAAUGAAAUGAAUGAUGAUGAGAAUUACUAUUACGUUGGCGUAAAAGCCUCGCCGUUUGCGAAUGAUUGCGUUGUCUUCGGUU